GACAAAGGGUGCUAUUCGCCGCCAUUUUAAAGUGUCGGGAAGAGUAAUAUCGGUGGCCUAGAUAGCAAACUCUUGCUGUAACGCAUACAUUUUUUAAAAUUUAGUUUCGUUAUCUUUUACAGCGUCGCCGAUUUCAUAUUACUUUUGUAAUUAGUCUUGUUCUUUGUUCAAAGUAAAAAUGUCUAGAGACCGCUUUAGGAACCGUGGCGGAUUCCAGCGUCGGGGAGGCGGUGGGAUGCGUGGGGGAAUAGGAAACCCGAACUUUAGGAAUCAGAACCCACAUCCUUUCCAAAACAGAGGUCCGCAGCAAGGGAUCGGACAUGGGCAUCCACCAAACCAGGCACCGCCGGCCACCCAAACAACCCCACAGAAACCCCAGCCUCCCGCUACGGUGACUCAGCCGGGAGCCACAGCAACACCGCAGGCCCCUGCUCCGGCGGACAAGACGCCUGCAACACCACAGGCCCCUGCCGGACAGCCUAAGCUGCAAUCUCCACCUCCGAAGCCGGGACUCACGUCGCCGCCGAUCCAAGCAAACAAGAACCAACAAAAACCUGGAAUUGGAAACGGACAGAAACCACCCCAACCCCCGAACAUACAGCCCCCAGAACAGCAGAAGAUAAAGCGAGAAGAACCGAGUGGACCGCCACAGGAAUUGAGGGCAACGCUGUCCCUCUUACGCAAACCAGGAGAGAAGACCUACACUCAGCGGUGUCGUCUCUUUGUUGGAAAUCUCCCCAACGACAUCACUGAGAAUGAAUUCAGAAAGCUGUUCUCGAAGUAUGGAGAGCCAAGUGAAAUCUUCAUCAACAAUAUUAAGGGAUUUGGCUUCAUCCGAUUGGAAUCGCGCGCCCUGGCUGAGAUCGCCAAAGCCGAAUUGGAUGAUGUGCCCAUGAAGGGCCGACAGCUGAGGGUGCGCUUUGCCACCCACUCUGCUGCUCUGUCUGUGCGCAACCUGUCCCCCUUUGUCUCCAACGAGCUGCUGGAUGAAGCCUUCUGUCAGUUCGGUCAGGUGGAGAGGGCUGUCGUCAUUGUGGAUGACCGUGGGCGCUCCACUGGAAAGGGCAUUGUUGAGUUUGCCACUAAGCCAGCUGCCCGCAAGGCUAUGGACCGCUGCAACGAUGGAGUCUUCUUGUUGACCACGACGCCACGUCCGGUUGUGGUGGAACCACUGGAGCAGUAUGAUGAUGAGGACGGUCUGCCAGAAAAGCUGGCUCAGAAGAACCCCAAGUACCAGAAGGAGCGUGAGCAGCCUCCUCGGUUUGCGCACCGCGGCUCCUUUGAGUUCGAGUACUCUCAGCGCUGGAAGUCUCUUGACGACAUGGAGAAGCAACAGCGGCAGCAGGUGGAGAAGAACAUCCGUGAAGCACGUGAUAAGCUUGAGAGCGAGAUGGAGGACGCUUACCACGAGCACCAGGCAAACCUGCUCCGACAAGACCUGCUGAGGCGGCAGGAGGAGCUGCGGCGAAUGGAGGAGAUGCACAGCCAGGAGAUGCAGAAGCGCAAGGAGAUGCAGCUGAGGCAGGAGGAGGAGCGGCGGCGGCGGGAGGAGGAGAUGUUGCGGCAGAGGGAGAUGGAGGAGCAGAUGCGCCGCCAGCGCGAGGAGUCCUACAGGAUGGGCGGCUUCAUGGACUCGAGAGAACGGGAUAUGAGGAUGACCGCAGGCGGGGCAAUGGGCAUGUCAGAUAUGCCCUUUAACUCACCAAACCAGAAGUUCCCCAUGGGUGCCAUGGGCUUUGAGGGCCACCAGGGGAUGGGGGCGCCUGCAGCUGGAGGCAUGGGAGGUGCCAUGAUGCCCAAUGAAAUGCGCAAUGAGCGUUUCCCCCAGGGUGGCCCAGGGGGACCCAGAGGAAUGGGCCCUGGGACCCCCGGAUUCGGCCGUGUUCGUGAGGAGUUUGAUGGGCCUGCCAAGAAGCCACGAUUCUAAUGGUUGUCUUGCAUUUAAAAAAAAAAAAAAGCAAAGAAAAAAAAAAAAAAAAAAAAAGCAGCGGAAUCGUGGAGGUUCUCCAUCUGAACGUCCUGAGUCAAUGUUGUAUUUAAGUUGAGUAUAUUUUGCAUUUUAGCCUGAAGAAGCAUAAUUUUAUGGAAAGUUAUUUUUUCUUUUUUUACUUUGUAUUUCAAGUAGUGUGUACUUUGCCACCUGGCCAAUAUUCGUGAUUCCUCACCCUGCCCUCUUUCAGUAUAAUCUUAUGUGUAGUUAUAUCGUGUAAUGUGACUCAUGUUGUGGUGGUUCAAUUUGUAAGUUAACCUUCACCUUUCUAUGGCUGUGUUUUUGUGCCAUUUAACAUUUUGAAAACCUGUAUCUUUACAAUAAAGGCUGCAAUUGGUUCUUUACUUUUCCAAACCUCAAGUUUGUUCUUGGCAAAGUACUGUGCUGUUGAUCCAAACCCAAAGCUUCAAAGUCCAAAAAAGCUUUCCAGUCCUGAGAUUGGUUGAGGAACAACUAGGCCUAAUCCUGCAAGCUAGAUGGUUGUGUAUUGUAACUGUGAAUAAUAGAACCAUGGCCUGGUUUUAUUUCAUUGAGUUUGUUGGUGGAUGUAUUAUGGUGAAAUACUCCAGCAAAAAUGCCAACACUGCUUGUUGGCUGAGCAAAGAAGUGUAGUUUUGAUGGUUCUCAUGGAAAUAUUGCUGGAAGUGAGACUACUUUUCAGUUGCUGUAAUCUUGCUCCACCUGCAGUGCAUUACUGUUUAUGGCUACCACUGGUUAGGUGUUUGCAAAACAUCUUUCCCCCUCCCAUUUUAUUCAGCAGUAGUGCAAUAUUAAAAAUUUUUGCACUGCGUUUUUCAGGCUUCUGAAAUGUUCUUUAAAUUUCAGUUGAUUCAUUUUAAAAAAUUGGAUGAGUUUCCUGACAAACUGUAAUGUUAUCCAUCUACUUGUGAACUGUAAACAUGAGUGGUGGUCAAAUGUGUAGUUUGCCGUCUUGGAACUAGACCGCUCUAAAUUACAGAUGGCUGUUGUAUAGUUAUUAUACAGUACUGCUAUUGGACUUGAUUGCUGAACAGAUUUCACCAUGAAGGCCAUGUCUGUUCAUGGCAUUAUACAUGGUUUAGAACCAUUGGAAAACCAAGGCGAUUUAUCAGAACGUAGUAUUCUGCCAGCCUUUGUGUCCCCUUUGCCUUAUUGCAAAAACUCUCCCCACAUUUAUUUUUGUCCAGUGACUAUGCACAUGUUGUUCAUAGCCCCAUUGUGAUUUGUGAUUUUAAGCUGCUUCUCAACUUGGACUGCAUUAAUGAUUCUUGCAAGAGAAGUUUAUUAAAUGUCAAUAUUCCAUUAUCUUGUCAAAAGUGGGAUCCAAAUGGCUCUACAUCCCCCCCCCCCCCCCCCCCCCAAUUGUACUCAUGGUUCCAAAAUUGAAUGUGCUCAUGUCCUCAAGUACCCCCUGUAUUACCAUGGGGCCAAGGAUUUCCAAAGCAAGUAGUUUCUAUAAAUGGUUCAAUCACAUUUCCCUAGCACUAUUCAGGCAUGUUUUAUCACUUGGGGAAAAUUGUAAUUUCCAUGGCAACGAUUUAAAUAUUUGAUCUUGCUAGUUGCAACAGUGCAGCAUUGCUUCAGUGUUUGUAAUGCCACUCCUAGUCCCAUAUGCAGCCACUGCCAUGUCUGAUGUUAAAGGGGAAAUGCACGGAACAAUCCCAGUGACUCCAUACAUUGACUGCAAGUGUUGCAGUGCUGCAGAUUUCGAACUUCUAGCUCUUCAGAAAUUUCAAAACUAAAUGGACGUGUUCAGAUUUUGAUUGUAAAUAAUAGCCUGCAGGCCUGAUGGAAGAAAUGCUUGAAAAACUGGUUCGAAUAAGAAGCUUCGGUAUCUGUAUCAGAAUGGAACUUGUAUGGCUUCAUUGCCCCCAAUAUCAUAAACCUGCAAUGUUCAUGUUUCAUAAUUGUGUUGGAUUUUCUGUACAUUUUUCUCAACAGGUUCAUUCAACAAAAAAACAUUAAAAGAUUGCAGGGUGGCAAGAGACCUCUUGGUACACGGCUUUAUGAACUUAUCAGCUAUCCACAGCACCUUAUGGUUUUACGAAAACAUCUGCUCCCGAUGUGCCAAUGCAGUUGUUAGGUUCAGUAGUUCAGUUAAAGGGUUGGUUUGUGAAUUACCCCACCUACACCCACUGGAAGUGCACUUUCAGUGGAGCAUAGAAAGUACUCAUUAACUUUCUUUAAAGGAAUUGUAUGUUGAGGUGAAGUAAACAAGAUUGAGCUUAGUCGUCAGUUGUGAAUUACCCUCCAAGGCUUACUGUGCAACUCCAUUCACCGGCCUUGGUUCUCGGCUUGCUUUGCUGGCCUCUAAAAUUAGGAGGGUGAAGAUGGAUGCUGUACAGCAAUUUCUUAAAUCAUAAUCUGAUAAAAUUGAGUGGAAAAUCACUUGAGCACCAGUAUUGAGACUCAUAUGUAGAACUGGAACCAGCCACGGGUUAUGUUGGUGAUUCAACCAUAACCCAAAUAAGGGUUUUAGUACUCUCUAAAAUAACUAUCAAAUACUCAUAAUCGGUCAUUUUGGGUGAAAUUCCGAAUGUUUACUUGAGUAUACUGUACAAAUUUUUUUUACCAGUUUUGAAUGCAACCAGACAUGAAAUCACUGUGCCAAUCAAGAUUCUUCCGUCAACUUAUUUGUGAGUGACCGUUUAAAGGAGUAAAAUGGUGGUUGGUCACUCUUUGUUUUUGUAUUGAAUUUGCACAACCUGAAAGAAGUAUUAAAUAUAUCCAUUCAGUUUUUGGCAAAGUAAGCCUUUUUAUGUUUAUCAUCCUAUUUUUGACCGGUUGAGAAUUUCUCCUUGUGGGUCACACAAGGAUAACCACUCCCCUUACCUAUAACUUGUGACCCAUAAUUUGCGCUGCUGGCCUCCAGGCAAGACGAUGCAAAUAUUUGACGACCGUUGGGUUCACUUAAAUGACCUUUUAAGGACUAUUAGACUUUCUGGUUGUAUUCAUUUAGCUAGCUAAUGUUAGCUAGCUAGUUUUCUUUCAUAAGGAUGUUAUAGUUGUGCUUUUCAGAAUUCUUUGCUAAAAUUAUCAUUGGAUAAGUAUGUGUCCUUACCUUGGUUAUCGAUAAUUGAUACACCAAGUUAGCUAGCUUGUGAAAUGGAGGUAGCCAUGGUAAACAACAAUGUGUGGAAAGUAGGCGCACGGUCUGUCAAUCAGUUAAUUAGUAGUUUGGGUGAACUUUCAUGGGGAAAUUUGGCUUAGAAAAACAUAGGCUUAGAAAAAGAUGUUUGAAGAUGCAUUUAAAUGAUUGAAUAAUGAACUAUGCACAUUUGUUUUGUUGCCUUUAGAUGACUGGCAAGUGCCACAUUCAACCACCAUGUUACUCCUUUAACACGUGACCAUUUUGUAUAGUCCAAUUUGCCAUGGCUCAAUCAUUCAUGCAAUCCCAUUUUAAUCUUACAGAAAAUUUCACAAAUGAACAAGUAUACAGCUGAGCGUAGAAUGCAUGUUCAUACAAACAAGAUGGCAGAUUUAUGAUGUUAUUCAAACACAUUUCAUUAAGUUCUUUUGACCAUUUUUUUGGCACUGGGUUAGAUGUUAAAAUGAGCUAUUUUUUCAUAAAGUAGUUUGCCUUUCAUUUGAAUUGAUUUCAUCUGUGGAUGUACAUUAUGCCACAUUUGUGUGUCUCCAGUGUCUGCCUGGCUGCAAGUUGUCGAUUGUCCCAAGAUUAGCGUGAAAUCUAAUGCAAUUUAUCAAGGAAUAUCAUGAAGGCAUCCAGCAAUUGCAAAUAGUUCCAAAAAAGUUAAGAUUCCUUGGAUUCAAGGAGGCUUAUUUGUUUCACUGGCAAUGUUUGUCUGAAAAGACUCAAGUUUAUAUGUGCCGAUUUAAUUUAGGACAUUCAGUCUCAUUGGCCAGUUUCUCAGCUGGCUUCAGUCUUUCUGUAGCCAAAAUCAAGAAAAGGGAACCUCCAUCUGACAUAAGAGAACUAGUCAGAAGUCGAGCAGAUUUCUUCCUCCCUCCCUCGCUCCCUGCCUCCCUCCCCCAAUCACCUGGCUGAAGAGACUACCUGAGGAGAGAGGCUGGUGUCUUGUCUGUCCCACAUGUCUUGAGUGCAUGAGGAGGCCAUAGCUGUGCAGUCAGGGCCAGCGGCCAGCCGGCCCCUCCUUCGGUAGAGGCCCUCGGCAGUUGAUUGCAUUGAGGAUCAGUAGUUCUGCUGCAGUCAGUGGACAGUAGAGCCUGGACUUGUAUGCAUCAAGAGAUGUGCUUGCAGAUCAGCAGUAGAGGUAAGUGUUACUGUUUCUAAAUGAUUUAAUUUAUGUUAAAAAAAAAUAUAUAAAACAUCUGGACAAUCCCUGCCCCCUACCCCUUUCAGUCCACUUCCCACUGAAGUGGUAUUCCUGGAUUCUGGCAUCAUACUCCUGAGAGUGGUAUCACAGUGCAGAACAUUUCUGUUCAUCCUCUUGUCUGUUGGCAUAAAACUCCUGGUGAGAAACGGUGCAUGGAGACAUCUCAAACCAAGCAGUGUCUGGUACUUUGACUACCAACUGCAGCUCGACAGGGAAUGCGUUUUGUGUGCUAGGUGGCUGCCCAUGGGGGCAGCUGCAUACUGCUGUGUCACUGGCUCAAGCAAGGGUGGGGGGUGAGUGAGAUGGGUGAUUUUGACGUUUGUGGGUGGGUGGGUGGGGGUUUGUAACCAGUAUACUUCAAAGAACUGCAGGCUGCAGAAUGCUGGACUUGUAUUCGGACUGGUGACUCAAGCUUCAUCUUGCAUGAUAUCUACACUUGCAAGUCCACAGAGUACCCUGCAUCCUGAGGGAGUGUAUUUGAUCCUCUAUAUAUGCCUGUCAUUUUUCCAAUGUGUCCCAGAACCAUUUGAGAAUUGUAGAAUGGUAGCACACGUCUGUUCCUGAGCAAUUCAUAAUCACCCUGCUGCAGUAAUGCUUCACCUCAGACUUGCAAUCUUGUCCUCUUGGCAAUUGCGGUUUGGUUUUAUUUGCUAAUUUGCCUAAAGGCAUACUGUGCAGGAUCUAUUUCACUCCUGUUAAACAGGAGUUUGUAAUCUCGAGUCUUCUGAAAGUCCGGGAGUCUUUUGGAUUGAGGCAUGAGCUCCCUGCCCAGGAGAGGAAAUGGGCAAUAGUAAAUAUAAAUAUGUAGAGUAGUAGAAAAUCCAAGCAGCAGUAGUAGUGCUGUGCAGUGGGACCUAGCUACCAUGGCCAGCCAGCUGAUGUACAAAACUGAAUUGUCCGCUAAUAACGGCAGCUACCUAAUGUCACUGAAAGCUAGCCAGCCAAUUGCUUAAUGGCUAGCCCAAAGGCUAUCUCACAAACCUAGCUCACCACUGUAGUAGCCAAUCCAUACACCCAUACUCUCGCCUCCCUUCUAUUGGACCAUAGAGCUUUUGAGUUCAGUGUAUUGCACACAUGCUUUUCAUAUGCAGCACAGAAAAAAGGGCCACACCCAGAAACAUCCCAAGCUGUUUUUCAGAAUAAGAAAUGCAAGGUAUUGGGCAGAAGUGAACACAGACAGAUGUUGCCAGUGUAUGACAGUAAUGACUGGGCAUGUUUCUUUUAGAAUAUUUUCAAGGUGAAAAUUCUGCAGAGUGCCUAUAAAUAUUCAAAGGAUUUCCCAUUUUAUUUUUUUAAGGGGGCGGGGGGCUGUUGGAGUUUUGGCUUACUGGCCUUUUCAUAGAUUCAGGACUCAUGGAUUCAGGAACAUCUAGAUUUCUUGAAGUAUCGUACUCUAUUGAGGCAGGAUUUGGGUCAGGGGAUUGGUAGCGGUGUAAAUGGUGGUAAUAAGAUUUGAGUUUCAACUUCUGUUGCUCAGGGUUUUGUACCUGAAGACCUUAUUCCCUUCUAAUGAAAACAUUUUAAGCUGCUACUGUAGAAAUGGAUGUUCUGGAGAAUUUUAACCACGUCAACAAGGGGGAGGAUUGGGUUGGGGGACUUGGCAAUGGACGGGGGAGUGUAUCAACUUUAGGCUUGUGGGAAGAGGGUGGGCUAAACAUACAGAUAGGAUUACUAGAUUGGUUCAAAAUGUUUUGGAUCCAAGAUUGAUGAGUGAACAUACAAACACAGGUUAUAGCCUUGAUACAGUUACUGGAAUUGAUAAAUUUAAGAAUUGAAUUUGAAUUCAAGGAAGUCUGCCUUUAAUCAUGCUUAAUCUUGAUGCUCAACUUCCAUAAAUCUACAAAUAACCAAGAUAACCGUUAUAGCAGAACCAUUCUAGUAGUUCUAUGUCUGUGUGUAACUCAUGCCAGUGACCAGCCAAUCAAGCUCCAGAUGUGCUCUUAAGUACUCAUCAGAUGUGAUCACACCUAAGGAAGGUGUGUAACCGUAAUCUCUGUGUUGCAAAUAUGUACACCCGAUCUGCUCCCAGCACGAAUGCAGUGUGGGGCAGGUGCGGCCUUGUGUAGUGUGCGGUAUGUAGCGGCCCCAGCCCAUGGGCUCCUGUGAGUGUUUGUUUCUGCACUGUGAUCCAUUCUUAUCCCCUCAUCACCCUUCCCCCCCCCUUCGCUGGAGCAUUUCCAAGUUGCCGCUCCGUCCCUCGGGAGUGUGAUGCCAGAACGGCCCUCUGGGCCCCCUUCCCUCCGCGAAGGCACCACCUUUCUAAAAAACACGCCGCCAGAUCCGUACUGCCAUGACCCCGCUGUGUAAGGUGAAAAGGACGAGCCGCCGCGUCUUUGCUGCAGCAGACCCGUAGCCCCAAAGUGGCUCAAGUCUAGCUCAUGAUACCACACAACUGCUGCCAUCACCAUAUUGGAAAAACUGAGCAAGUGUGAUGUUUCUGUGCAUGAUUUCAUGUUGUAAGUAUACAUAUUGCCAAACCUGCUGUUGCUAAAAUAUAUUGUCCACCAAGAGGUAUGUCAUAACUUGGCACCACAGCCUACAAUAUAUUCUAGAUGCCCAAACGAUGGGUUUACUUCAGGCCUUUUCUGUCUUUGGGCCAUUUCUGCCGGCAUAAUGUUGCUUUAGCUAGUUAAUGAAUCCAUUUGCCUACUUUGCAAGCACUGUAGACUUUACUAUUACGGUUUUCCGGCUGUGAAUUUUAGCAAACUGCCCCCACACAAACACUGCAUGUGAACACUCCCAUCCCCUAUUUUGUUAGCUUGCAGGUAAUGGUAGUUAAAAUUCAAGCACUCUGUCAGACAAGCUCCAGGUGUUAUCAUUUAGUUUAAUUUCCGCAUUUCCUUUGCAUCAACUGAAACCGUUGUAGCUAUGCAACACGCACACCGACGGGCACAAACCAGCCUUGUUGCGUCCACAGGCUCACUGGCUUUCUGUUUCUACAGGGGCCUUGCUUGGGAGAGGGAGGCUGAAGCAGUUCCUGACCCACUGACACAAGACAUGAGUGUGGAGACAUUGGCUCCUGUACGGGCCUGUUCACAGGACCUGCCGAGGCUCCCCACAGAGCCUCGCCACAAAGAACACUGGAUGUGCUGGCACACACGCGGCUGCAGUCCCAGGGUGAAAGCCCCGUCUUGUCCGCAGGAGCACAGCAGUAGAGUAAACUUAAAGCUUAAAUAAACUUAGUUUAUAUUCAA